CCUGUUUACUAGAAAUGGAGAAUUUCGCGUGUGAAAUAUCCGACUGUUAGUUUUUGUCACAGGACUUCUAUAAAAGGCAGUUACAUUGGCUGUUAACAACUAGCUAUGGAUAUAGAUGAUUCGCCUCGUAGUGGAGGCAGUACUCCUGUCAUGGAUGAACCAACAUACCAUGAAGAGGAAUCACAAGAGGGUAUGGAUGUAGAAAAGGCAGGGAGCGAUAUCGGAUCUCCCAGGAACAGAGAUGCAGAGAUGGAUGACGACUAUGUUAGUGAUGGAGGGGAAGUAGAACGGGAAGAAGUGGAGAGAGAUGAUGAUGAGGGCCCCGCCUCCCCAGCCAGUGGACCAGCAUCCCCAGAUGGGUCUAACCCAGCAUCCCCUGCAGGCCCCCUCUCCCCCACAGAAAGUGAUGGUCCCAGAUCUCCCAACGACUAUGGACCAGCCUCUCCAGAGCCAGAAGGCCCUGCAUCACCUACAGGUAGUGUUGAAGGACCUAUAUCCCCAACAGGCAGUGGGAGUCCCCCCAGGUCUGAUGAAGAAGGACCUUUGUCUCCACCCCCAUCUCCAGCUGACGGCCCAGCAUCACCUGAAGACCAGGGGCCAGCAUCUCCAGAAGGGAGUGGUCCUGCCUCCCCUGAUGGACCAAGAUCCCCAGAAUCACCCAGAUCCAACAGGAGUGGAAGUCAGUCACCACAGCGUAGUCAGAGUGGAUCUCCAACCAGAAGCAGAAGUGGUUCACCUGUUCGCAGUCAAAGUGGUUCUCCAGCUAGAAGUAGGUCAGGAUCUCCAGCUAGAAGUAGGUCAGGAUCUCCAGCUAGAAGUAGGUCAGGAUCUCCAGCUAGAAGUAGGUCAGGAUCUCCAGCUAGAAGUAGGUCUGGUUCUCCAAGAAGUAGGUCUGGUUCCCCAAGAAGUAGGUCAGGAUCUCCAAGAAGUCGUUCUGGUUCUCCAAGAAGUCGUUCUGGUUCUCCUGCAAGAAGUAGGUCAGGGUCUCCAAGGAGCCGAUCUGGCUCUCCCAGAAGUAGGUCAGGUUCUAGAAGCAGAUCUGGAUCUAGAAGUCGCUCACGUUCAAGGUCUGGAUCUCCAAGGAGCCGAUCUGGGUCAAGAAGUAGGUCACGUUCAAGAAGCCGUUCUGGAUCUCCACGUAGUAGAUCAGCAUCCCCAGCAGGUGGAAGUGAUGAUGAAAAGGAGAAAAAAGCUCCUGGCAGUGAUGAUGAAAAUGAUACAGAUAAAGAUGAAUUGAUAGCAGACAUCUUUGGUUCAAGUGAUGAAGAUGAAGAAUUUGAGGGAUUUGAAGAGGCAGAUGUUGAAGCAGCAAAGAAGAAAAAAGAGAAAAAGAAAGGAAAGGAGUCUAAGGCGGUGGUGUCUGAUGAUGAGGAUGGGGCGGGGGUGACAGGACAGGUGGAGAACCAGGAGGUAGUGCCAGACAUUUCAUCCGACGAAGAGGGAGUCAACAAAGAUGACAUUGUGUCUGACUUUGACUUGAUGCUGAUGAGAAAGAAGGAAGAGAUGAGAAAACGAAAGAAGAGGAGAAGAGAUGUGGACAUCAUUAAUGACAAUGACGAUCUUAUUGCAGACAUGAUUGUCAAGAUGAAGGAGGCCGCAGAGGAUGACCGUGAAUUAAAUAUGAGAAAGAAACCAGCAAUUACCAAAUUAAAAAUGCUUGGUCAUGUUGUAUCUCAACUAAAAAAAGCGGAUCUUCACUCUGCUUUUUUGGAUUGUGGGGUUCUUAGUGCUAUGACGGAAUGGCUAGCUCCUCUUCCAGACAAAAGCCUGCCCCAUUUACAGAUCCGAGAACAGUUUUUACGAAUCCUUCAUGAGUUCCCAGCAAUAAGUCAGGAAGGUUUAAAGGCCAGUGGAAUUGGUAAAGCUGUGAUGUACCUCUAUAAGCACCCCAGAGAAACCAAGCUUAACAAAGACAGAGCAGGGAAGCUGAUCAAUGAGUGGUCCAGGCCAAUCUUUAACCUGACCUCAAACUUUAAAAUGUUGUCCAAACAGGAAAGAGAAGAAAGAGAUUAUGAACAGUUGCCAAAGAAGAGAAGAGUCAGUGCUGAGGGGAUGACACCUAGAAGAGACAUUAACAAUGCUCUGGCAGGAGAGGAUAAUCAACUAAGACCUGGAGAUAAAGGGUGGAUAAAUAGAGCCAGAGUACCGAUGCCCUCGCACAAAGAUUACGUUGUACGCCCAAAGUGGGGUGUGGAUGAGGGACAGCAAGGAAAGAGUUCUGGAAAGAAAGCUCCAACACGAUAUGAUAAACACGUGAGAGCAUUUGCAGAGAAAAAGAAAUUCAGCAAAGCACAGCGGGCAGUAACAAUCAGCAUUGAGGGCCGAAAUAUGGCCCUUUGAUUUAAAAUAACAGUGACUUCUCAUUUUUGUGAAAACAUUCAACAAGAGAGCCGACAUUUUUCUUUCAGUUGUGAGAAAAACUGAAAAUUAAAAGAGGAAUAGAUUUAUUGUAUAAGGCUCCCGAUUUGUGAAAUUGUAAAGUUGUGGGUUGCCAUGGGGAAUGAUCUUGCUAACCCUGGAGAUGAGAAUCGGAGCUUGGAACUCUCAUGGUUACAGGAGUGUUUCUUACAGUGCUUUUUAUGCAUAGAAGUAAAAUACCAUCAGUCACACAGAUUAUAGCAACAUUGUAUGUAAAAGAUCGUUACCUGGUGCUUUUGAUAUAGGGAACCAUGAAAAGUUGUUGUGAUUUUGUGCAAUUUGUUUGCACCAAAUCUCAUUCUAUUUCUUUUGCAUGUAUUGGUAUGCUAUAGGAAAUCUUCAUGAUUUAUGUUUGAUCUGAUACAUUUGUGAAGGAUUAGAAAUUUAAAGUGACAAUUCAUUCCUAGUCAAAGCACAAUUUUGACUUUACUGGCUGCAGUGAAUAGUGGCUGUGAAAGCUCCAUUUAAUUACACUGAAAAUCAAUUAUAUUUUAAAGAUUUCAAUCAGCGGUAUCAUUUUAAAAUAAACCAUUCUUUCAUACGUAAAAAAAAAUCAUCAAUAUUAAUCAGUUAUGUGGGAUAAAUGUGUGUGUGUGUGUAUUUGGAGAGAGAGAGAGAGAGAGAGAGAGAGAGAGAGAGAGUUAUAUUUUUAUCAUUUUCAUAAACCAUAAGACUAUGGAAGGUUGACUUGAGUUGUUUACAUGUAUUGUCUGAACUGCAUUACCGAUAUUAAUGUAUUGACACUGCAGGCGUUCCUUAUGUUCGUUGAAUAUCAUUUUCCUGGAAGAUUUUGUUGGGAAAAUACAAGUACGUGAGUUACAGACUAAAAGACACCUUUUGUGUAAAUUUCUGGAUAAUAAAAUCGUGAAACCUUA